AAAUCACUUCGUUCACUUCAAUCUAAACAGGAAGUCAGUCCUAGUCGUUCUCAGCUAAGUAGGACAGUUCAGCAGACGCCAUGGCCAAGUCCGUAGCAAUCGGUAUUGACUUGGGAACCACCUACUCCUGCGUGGGUGUGUUCCAGCAUGGAAAGGUCGAGAUCAUCGCCAACGACCAGGGUAACCGAACCACCCCCAGUUAUGUCGGAUUCAACGACUCCGAACGUCUCAUCGGAGAUGCCGCCAAGAACCAAACGGCCAUGAACCCCGUCAACACUGUGUUCGAUGCCAAGCGUUUGAUCGGACGUCGUUUCGACGACUCCACUGUCCAAGCUGACAUGAAGCACUGGCCUUUCGAGGUCGUCAACGACAACACCAAGCCCAAGAUCCAGGUCGAGUACCGUGGCGAGACCAAGACCUUCUUCCCAGAAGAAAUCUCUUCCAUGGUCCUCACCAAGAUGAAGGAGACGGCCGAGGCCUACCUCGGUAACACCGUCGCCAAUGCUGUCGUUACUGUCCCUGCUUACUUCAACGACUCCCAGCGUCAGGCCACCAAGGAUGCUGGUACCAUCUCUGGACUCAAUGUCCUCCGUAUCAUCAACGAGCCUACUGCUGCUGCCAUCGCCUAUGGUCUUGACAAGAAGUCCGGUGGCGAGAGCAACGUACUCAUCUUCGAUCUUGGCGGUGGUACCUUUGAUGUCUCCGUGCUGACCAUUGAGGAUGGCAUCUUCGAAGUCAAGUCCACUGCUGGUGACACUCACUUGGGAGGUGAGGACUUUGACAACCGUCUGGUCAACCACUUCAUCACUGAGUUCAAGCGCAAGCACAAGAAGGACAUGUCCAGCAACAAGCGUGCCCUGCGUCGUCUCCGCACCGCUUGCGAGCGUGCAAAGCGUACUCUCUCCUCCAGCACCCAGGCCAGUGUGGAGAUCGACUCUCUCUUCGAGGGUAUCGACUUCUACACGUCCAUCACCCGUGCUCGCUUCGAGGAGUUGUGCGCUGACUUGUUCCGCGGUACCUUGGACCCAGUCGAGAAGUCUCUCCGUGAUGCCAAGAUGGACAAGGCCCAGAUCCACGAGCUGGUCUUGGUCGGUGGUUCCACCCGUAUCCCCAAGAUCCAGAAGCUCCUCCAGGACUUCUUCAACGGCAAGGAGCUGAACAAGAGCAUCAACCCCGACGAGGCUGUUGCCUAUGGUGCUGCCGUCCAGGCCGCCAUCCUGUCCGGUGACAAGUCCGAGACCGUCCAGGACUUGCUCCUUCUCGACGUUGCUCCUCUGUCUCUGGGUAUUGAGACCGCUGGUGGCGUCAUGACUGCCCUGAUCAAGCGCAACACCACCGUGCCCACCAAGCAGACCCAGACCUUCACCACCUACGCUGACAACCAGCCCGGUGUUCUGAUCCAGGUCUACGAGGGUGAGCGUGCCAUGACCCGCGACAACAACCUUCUCGGAAAGUUCGAGCUGUCCGGCAUCCCACCAGCACCCCGCGGUGUCCCUCAGAUCGAGGUCACCUUCGACAUCGACGCCAACGGUAUCCUGAACGUCAGUGCUGCAGACAAGAGCACCGGCAAGGAGAACAAGAUCACCAUCACCAACGACAAGGGCCGUCUCUCCAAGGAGGACAUCGAGCGUAUGGUCAACGAUGCUGAGCAGUACCGCGCUGAAGAUGACCAGCAGAGAGACCGCAUCUCCGCCAAGAACGGCCUCGAGAGCUACGCCUUCAACAUGAAGUCUACCGUCGAGGAUGACAAGGUCAAGGACAAGAUCUCCGAGGGCGACCGCAAGACCAUCACCGACAAGUGCAACGAGGUCAUCGCAUGGCUCGACUCCAACCAGACAGCUGAGAAGGACGAGUUUGAGCACCAGCAGAAGCAGCUGGAGCAGAUCUGCACGCCCAUCAUCACCAAGCUGUACGGACAGGCUGGUGGUAUGCCCGGUGGAAUGCCAGGUGGUAUGCCCGGUGGUAUGCCAGGCGGUGCCCCCGCUGGUGCUGGUGGUUCAUCCGGACCCACCAUCGAGGAGGUCGACUAAACUCUUGGUCAGCUCUCAAACACUCUGCUCUUACUCUCUGUUCUGAUGUUAUGUUGACCCGUUGUUGAUGUGAUGUUUGUAAUAAGGAUGAAGAGUCUUUACAACA